GAGCAGUAUGUUGUGAGUCAGUAAAACAAUUCAGAGCACUUAGCUGUUAUCCAGCCAUGGCUUCUGCAAGGCCAUACAUCGGCUGUAGAAUAGGAUUGCUUUCAAAGGCCCAAAAUCGUUAUGAGGGGAUUUUGUACACAAUUGAUAAAAAUAACUCCACAGUUGUGCUUGCAAAAGUCAAGUGUUUUGGAACGGAGGGACGUCCUACUGACAGACCAACACCACCCAAAGAUGAUGUCUAUGAGUACAUAACUUUCUGUGGAAGUGACAUCAAGGAUAUCACUCUGUGUGAAUCUCCAAGGUCUCACCACGGCCUACCACCAGAUCCAGCGAUCAUACAAUCAUCCAGUUCAAGCUCAGGCAUCUACUCAACUCUUGGACAGUUUAGCCCCUUAAGGAUGCCGAUCCACAAUCAGCUUGCUGCCAGCACCCUUCUCAACCAGCAGUAUGCUGCUGCUCUUGGCUUGGGACAUCUACAUCCAGACCUGCAUAUCAGAUGGGGCCCCAUGGUAGAGAAGGCUGUUCAAACAAUCCAAGUAGAAAGACCCAGGCAAAGGAGAGGCUUAACUGACUCCCAGGACAGACAGUGGAAUAGAAGGCCCCCGAGGACCAGGGGGGAUAAUUCCCAGCCUCAAAGGGAGCCUGGUGCCAAUAGCAGGCCUCCUGUAAAUCAAGGGAGUUCUGGUGUGAGCUCUAAUCGACAGGAUGCAAAGAAUCAGAAUGCUGUUGACCGUCCACCACCCAAAAGAAGGCAAGCACCCCGACGACGUCGGAGCCGUGGUAGAGGGCAGCUAAUGGUGGUUAACCUUCCAUCUCCUAUACUCAAGUUUGACACAGACUUUGACUUUGAUUCAUCCAAUGCGCAGUUCAUCAAAGAGGAGCUUGAGAGGGAGUUGCAAGAAAGAAGGAACUUAAAGGAUGAAAAUGAUAUUGAGAAAGCGAAAGAGGGGAUGUGCUCAACGGAAAACUGUGAGGAUUUUGGCCCAAAGUGGUACUAUAACAAAGCAAAGUCUUUUUUUGACAAUGUCUCUUCUGAUAAUGGGCUCAGUUUCAGAUUAACAUGGGCAGAGGAACGGAAGCGCAACCUGGAGACUUUUGGAGUCACUGGCCGAUUCUUAAGAGGCCAAGGCUUUAGAGGUAGAUUUUCUGGACAAAGAGGACGAGGUGCUGCUCAGACAUUCCCUUCAGACAGGAUCCAGAGAGGACGGCUCUGAAGACUGGAAAUCUAACCUGGAAUACUUGUAUUGUUUGUUU